AGCUGGUACCACAACCACUCCUCCAGCAGCUGUCACCACCACCGCAGCUUCGGCAACAACCACUUCCGCUUCUGUUGCAUCAACUGACCCUCCAUCUUCUAGUGAAGGAACAAUGAGUCUUCAGUUCCGUCUCAACCAGACGUUCAACUCAGAUCUUUCCAACCCUUCCUCUUCAGGGUUCAAGACUCUGGCUGCCAAAGUGACCUCUGAGGUGAAAAAGGUUUUUGCUAAGACCCCAGGCUUCCGUCGUUCCAUUGUCAACUCAUUCAGGAGUGGAUCUGUAGUUACCGACAUGACCCUCGUGUUCGACAACCAAACUUCGGUUCCCAGCUCAAGCAACUCACAGGCAAUUCUCACCAGCAGUUCCACCUCCCUGAACAUUCUAUCAGGCAGCAUCAUUUUUGGGUCAUCAACCACAUCAGGAAGUGCUCCCCGACCCACUUCCUUCUCUCUGGCUGCCUUGCCUCUCAGUUUGGCUCUAUUAAUGGUACAGCUGCUGGCUAGCUAAUAGCCUGGGACAUAGCUGCUGUGGCUCUGCUAGCUGGUAGGCUAGCUAAUAGCCUGUGACAUAGCUGCUGUGGCUCUG